AUUCUGACUAUAUACGCUUCGCUAAUAUUGCUAUCUUGUCGUUACGACCGAAGAUUUACAUAUUUAUUACAUGUGAAUUAUACCUCAUUGCCGUGACACGUAAUUACUUCAGUUUUUGGGUUUUGAAUUAUGGGUUGGUUAAACAUAUUUGAGUAUAUCCCUACGUGGACAUGGUUGAUUAUAAUAAUGUUUGUGUUACUCUACAUGUAUGGUACAAAAGGACACGAUGUCUUAUCAAAAUUAGGCAUACCCGGUCCCAAACCAAUCUUAUUUUUUGGAAAUAUCUUACAAUUUGGAAAAGUAGGAACUGCUUUGCAACUUUGGGAAUGGAAAAAACAAUUUGGCACAGUGUUUGGGAUAUAUUUUGGGAGUCAACCUGUUAUUGUUGUGCACGAUUUAGAUAUAUUGAAGGAAGUCAUGGUCAAAGAUUUUCCACAUUUUACAGAUCGGGCGAUAACUGUAUCAAGAGCUUACGUGGAAAAGGGGAUAUUUUUCCAAAGUGGCGUCAAUUGGAAACGGAUCAGAAAUAUCAUUACGCCGACUUUCAGUUCCAGUAAAUUAAAACUAAUGAUAGGGCCAAUCAACAAAUGUGGUGGUUUAUUAUCUAACAAUCUGGUCACGAAAGCCAAGAAAGGAGAAACAGUUGAUGUUAAGCAUUAUUUUGGAGUGUAUACUAUGGAUGUAAUAGCCAGGACGGCGUUUGGGUUGGACACAGAUUCACAGAAUAAUCCUGAUGAACCUUUUGUUGACAAUGCUAGAAAACUGUUUGCAACAGCCAAGUUUACAUCAACGGCCAAUCUUCUUUCAAUUAUUUUCCCAUUUUUGAGGCCGUUACUUAAGGUAUUAGAUGUUGGAAUUUUUCCAUCUGGCCCAGUCAAUUUCUUCGUUAGGUCCAUAAAGGCCAUGAUAGAAGAAAGAAAAACAGAAGAUGAAGCCACCAGAUCAAAAAGGACAGAUUUUUUAGAACUACUGUUGAAAGCUGAAAGCGAGGAAGGAAAUGAUAUACAUGUGACUAAUGGAACACAGACAAAGGUUAUAAAACGACUAACGGUUGAAGAAAUGAUUGGCCAAGCCUUCCUGUUCUUUAUUGCUGGAUACGAAACGACGGCUAGUACCUUACAAUUUAUUUCUUACAAUUUGGCGAAAAAUCCCGGAGUACAGGAGAAAGUGAUAAAAGAAAUAGAAACACAUGUUGGUGAUAGAGAACCAACUUACGAUGAUAUAAAUAAGCUGACCUAUAUGGAACAAGUUAUUUUGGAGACACUUAGACAUUACCCACCAGUUAUUACUGUCAAUCGUAAAGCUUCAACAGACGUUGAUAUCAAAGGUGUUCAUAUACCGAAAGAUGCGAUGGUGAUGAUUCCUAUCUAUAGCAUCCAGCAUGAUCCAGAGAACUAUGAAAAUCCCGAGGAAUUCAGACCAGAAAGAUUUGACGCUGCUACACGACAAGAAAGUAACCCGAUUACAUUUUUGCCAUUUGGCUACGGACCAAGGUUGUGUAUUGGAAUGAGAUUGGCUUUGCUGGAGACUAAAAUAGCACUUGUGUGCUUACUUAGAAGAGUUCGAUUUGCUAAAUGUUCUGAAACUCCAGACAAACUGGAUUUUAAAACUGGUGGUAUUCUGUCCACAAAAGAUCCAAUAAAAGUUGCUGUAGAACUGGUUCCCAAGCAAAACUUUUAGUCCUUUUCUUCUGGGAAUAAAUGGAAACAGAAUAUUACUUGUUAGUGUAAUUAUAAUUUCUGUCACAAUGGAAGUCACGUUUUUUGCUCCGAAUACGCUGGAUAGAGAAAUAUUUUAAUGGUGAAUAUGACUAAAGUCUUUAAAAUGGCUAAACCGUGUAAAUAGGGUCAAAAAUAAAAUUAUCGAUAAUCUUUGCUUUCCUACAUUGAAUUUUCUUGUGGAAUGACAAUAAUAUGUCUUCUUUGAGAAUUUUACAUCAAAAGGUAAAGCCUAUCUUGAAAUAUAUGUAUAACCGAUUGUGUGUUCUACUGUCGACAUGGUAAGCUAAUAUUAGUAAACAGACAGGUUUAAGCUUAAUCUUUAAAAAACAAAACAAUUUAAUCUAUUGAGCUUGCCUCCAUCACUAAUGGAAAUAACACAUCAGUUCCUAAUCAUUUCAGUAGUAUAUUUUGACAAAAUUCUUUUGGAAUACGAACAUUUCGCGCAUCAUUUUUCGGAAAGGGCGCAAUUACUAAAAAAUUUCUACAGGUUUUGUCAUGAUUGACGCCUAAUCUAACCCAUUAUAAUUUAUACAGAGAAUAUAUUUUGAAGUAUAUUUAGAGUCGAUUAUUCAUUGGCUUAAACAUCAGAUUGGCUAUACAAAUCAAUGUCAAGGCUGACGUUACAGGUUUAAUUUCUCAAAUGUUAAUGAAAUCAUCAGAAAUGAUCGAAAUAAUUUUAACGAAAAUAAUAAAUGGAACGAAAAUAAUAGAUUAAUUAGAUUGGUUUGCCAAUUACUUAUAUGCUGAUACUUAAUUAUGUAAAUAUACACAAAUAUGAUAUUUUAACCAUUUUAUUGUAUAACGAGCUUGGGGGGGGGGGGUAUAUUUACAUAACGGAACGCUGUACAUACAAUGAUAUAGACUACAAUAUACUAUACAUUUUCAUCCAUUUUAUUAUACAUACAAUAUAUGUGUUUUCAACAUUUUAACGAUGUAAUACACCCCUUUGUUCUUUUGUAUUAAUGCUAUGUAUGUAGUAGUUAUUAGCACACUUUCCGAGGUGUAUCGGUGAAUAUCAGGACAGUUUUGGUCGAGGGGCCCAGCCGAGGCGGAGCCGAGGCGGCUCCCGACCAAAACUGUCCUGAUAUUCACCGAUACACCGAGGAAAGGUGCUAAUAAGUUACUUACAUCACAUUUCUAUCGAGUAUUGUGAAGCAAAAUGUGAAAAAUAGUAUUUAUUAUCGAGUCGUUUCAACCGAAAAGUGACAAAUACUUUCUGCUCUUUCAUUAUUUAUACCUUUCUGAGCCUCACGUUACAUUUCAUGGUAGAAUGAUUUCGCAGUGGUGAGACGACCUGAGUAGUAUUUACACGUGUGUCUUGCUAUGAUAUAGGGUGACCCAUGUACUCACAGAAAUACAGUCCACCGCUGAUAGUUCGAGACUACCACUGAAGCGUGCACAUUCGCCGUGCCGAGACCAACUUUCUGACAGUAUGAUACUAUAAAUAGCCAUGGCACGUGCAAUUCUCUACAAAUCUAUCAACUAUUACAGCCGUAAAACAUUUAUUGUUGACGAUUUUGAAUAGCAGUAAAAUUAAGCUUCUUGGUUAUUACAGCAGAUUUAGAAAUUACGUUCGUUUCAUUUUUUAAAUCGCUUUAUCAUUAACUGUACCGUUAAGAGCGGCAUCUUUUGGUUUAGUACAAAUAAUAUCUCUGAAUCACUCGGGUUAGACAGGAACAUGAUACUAGCAGUAGUUUCAUUUUACUUUUACAAGCUUCUUAAAACGAUUGUUGAGCUACCUAACGUGCUUAUUUCUAAAUAAGCUAGCUUUCUGUUAUUUUUCGUAAAAAAGUAGUCUUGAUUGUCCCGACCUGUCAAUCAGACGUAGAAUGGUCGAUAGACUGGUUAAGCGAGACUAAUUUCAAAACAAGGGCACGUAACCUAUCUUUUACUCAAAAGUGUCUGGAUGUUAUGGACGACUCUUGGAACCAAUUUUCAGUCUAUUAUUUAUACGUGAUUAAUAGUCAUAGCUUAUUAAGUACAACAUGAUCGUUUAUUUAGUGACUAUAAUUGUGUGAAACUGAUUUGAGGCUUGGCAUAUGUAUAAAUAUUGUGGCGUAAUUGUCGAGAUAUAUGGAGAUAUUUAUUUAUGGUGGGUCACCCUACUAUGAUACUCUGAGCGUAAAACAAUUACGUGUUUGUUUAGACCACAUCGUCAAAACAACUUGUCUAUGUCUAUGGCGUAGAGGACUGCGAUAUUAUUAAAUGUAGUGUAAAGGAAAUGCGAAACGUGGGUCAUUCCUGGUGAAAGUAUGGAUCGGCGGAUGGUUCUUUCGUUGAAAUUUAUUUGUAAUAAAGUUUAUGACUUUCUAGGCGUUUUUUCAUCCUGCUUAUUUUCAAUGCUUGUGAAGUGUCCAGCAAGAGAACUGCGCCUUCUAUCAUCACAAUUAAUUAAAAUAGUUAUUCAAUAUUCUAAUUUAUAUAUUUUGCAUAUUAAUAUAAAUCAAACCAAAUUAUGAAAUAGAUGCCAAUUGAUAUGUAUAAUAAUUGAUUUUUAUACGCCCACAUUGAAAUGUGGUCGUAUAUUGUCGUCGCCCCCGUCCGUCCGUCCGUCCGUCCGUCCGGCGUCCACAAUUGCUUGUGGACGCUCUAGAGGCUAAAGUUAAUAUCCGAUUGACUUUAAAUUUAUAUACAGUGUUUAAGGCCAUGGGACGAAGAAGCCUAUUGAUUUUCAGCGAUUUCCGAUACUUACUGCCAGAGUUAUGGCCCUUGAUUACUUCAAAAAAUCUUGUGGACGCUCUAGAGGCCAAAGUUAAUAUCCGAUUGACUUUAAAUUUAUACACAGUGCUUAAGGUCAUGAGACGAAGAAUCCUAUUGAUUUUCAGCAAUUUACGAUAAUUACUGCAGAGUUAUGGCCCUUGAUCAUUUUGAAAAAUCUUGUUGACGCUCUAGAGUCUAAAGUUAAUAUCCGAUUGACUUUAAAUUUAUACACAGUGUUUAAGGUCAUGAGACGAAGAAGUCUAUUCAUUUUCCCGUCUUCAUUAGCCCAGGUUAGGAGCAGAACAGUAGGACGUUAAACUCCAUUUCAUUUCUAUUCAUUUUCAGUGAUUUUCGAUAAUUACUGCCAGAGUUAUGGCCCUUGAUCACUUCAAAAAACCUUGUGGAUGCUCUAAAGGCCGAACUUUAUAAAAACCAAACAAAUUCUAAUGGUUUUCUGAGUUGUUGCUCUUAAUCAGAUUUUAGUGUAUUAUAAAUGUUUCAUUACCGAAAAAAGUAAAAAUAUGCGACAACUCUUGUUGACUGCCCGGACGAUUUAGCUGCUGUGGGCGUAUGUUUCGUUGCCUGGCAACCUAUCUUUGUAAUAUGUUGUUAUGUUAAUUUAAUGUCAUUGUAUAUGUUUUUGAACUGCCAUGUAGUUCCCCCCAUUUUGUUUUGUUACUAUGAUUUUGACUAGUUGUUUCAUGUACAUGGUAUAGAGCCAUCGUUAUCAAUUGCGAUCUGGGUCGGACUAAACGUCCGCUACUUAUUGCUUGAUAGGUAUCUAAAACGGUACAUAAGUAUCCGUGUAUCAGAAAUGAACAGUACUCUUUCUGUACAUUUCUGAUACACGGAUACUUCUAUGCAUGUAUUGCAAAUUAACAGGACAGUUUUAUCAAAGGUUGCCAGUGGCAACGAGUAGAAGUGGGAUGUAAAUGUUAUUUAGGGAGAGGGUUUUUACACAGGAUAAACUUCUUCUUCAAUCCCAUUCAGAUAUCUUGUUUAAACGAAUGACGAAACCAAGAAGAGAUGGGGCAGAAUUACUGAAUUGUAUUUAAAAUAUUGUAAUCUGUUAAAUUAAGCGUCAUUUUUUGUUUAAAAAAAAUAAAAAAAUUUUAAAUUAUAGAAA